GCGUAUCAACCGUCAUACUCUGGCAGAGUGUCAAAUACAACCCCCCUUCUCAACCCCAAAACCAAAUCUCCUUGCUAAGAGCUUAAGCACCUCUGCGGCAGGUCGGUGAGAGCGAAGAAAAACGCAGCCCAAACCCUAGAAAUUCUUCGCUUCGUCGUGGUUUCUAAUUGGCACACUUGGAACACCAUGUCGGCCAAGGCCAUCAUCGGAGCAGUGUUGGCAUCCACUGCAAUUGCAUUUUCUCUGGAUGCCUUGAUCGCUGACAAAAAGAUUUUCGGAGGUACAACUCCAAAAACUGUGUCUGACAAGGGAUGGUGGGAAGAAACUGACAAGAAGUUUCAGGCAUGGCCUCGCACAGCAGGACCUCCUGUUGUGAUGAACCCUAUCAGCCGCCAGAAUUUCAUUGUCAAGUCCCGUGAAGAAUCUUGAAGGUCUCCCAUUGUUAGCGCAUGCUUGGGAUUUUAUGGCCUUGCUUUGCUUUUAGUUUUGAAAGUUGCCUGAUUGAUACUUUUUCAAGUACCUCAUGUUCUGCUGGAAGGAACUUUCUUCAAUUGUAGUCAUAUAGGAGGGGGGAAAAAUACUCUGCUGUGAACAGUAAAUAGGAAUUGGCAGCUGUUGGUCA